GUGCGAGGCUGCAGAUCCUUCUUAAAACACCUUGAAAAGGGAGGUGGAGAACCUGAAGGCAAACAAAGAGGCUGAAAGUGAUAUGGCUUUUGUGAACGCAGCGUUGGAGGCACAAGGAACUCAAAGAUAUAUUCACUAAACUGGAAAAGGGUGGAGAUGGAAGGAUGAGCUUUGAGGAGUUGCACUUUGGCUUGUUCAGCCACAUGACCACCUUUUUCUAAGCAUCAGAGUGCACAGGGAAGCAGUCCAUCCGUCCAGCCAAGCUGUGUGGGCCCACAUCUCUUCUCCAGCAUCAGCAACAGCAAUAGAUUUGCCAAACCUGAAUUUGUUAUUGCCAUUUGAGCCCUGGAAGAACUUAGAGGAGAUCCUCAAGGUCUCUAGUGCUGCUUUGGCUGGUGGUGGUGGGUAUGAGGCUGAGUAGCAGCACAGGGGUGCAGGUGAGCCUAGCAGAGCUGCCCACAGCUUUGGACAACACACUCAUGGUCCCCAGGAGUGGGCUUCAGCGUGCAGCCGUCGCCUCCUAUGGAUACAAACUGCAGUGCCUCAGGAUCCAGGUGAGGCAGAUCGCCAGGGAGAGGGACAAGGCGAGGCUGGACUUGGAGAAAGUGGAGGGUCACUGCCUGCAGCUUGGCAGGGAGUUGGACGAGCAGUACGUCGCUCUCGAGCACACCCAGAGCAAGCUCAAGGAUUUUCAGGCAGAAAUAGAGGCAAAAGAGCUGCUUUUGCAGCAAGCAGUCAGUCACCAAGCGAAGCUGGAGGCUGAUACACAGUUCCUCCAGGGCAAAGAGGCCAGCCUGCAAGGGAGACUGAACCAUGUAAUGAAGGAGAACACACAGCUGCAAAACAAGGUCACGGAGAUGGCUGAGAAACUGGUGGCCUCUGAGAAGCUGGUGUUGGAGCUGCAGAAAGAACUCGACUGCGUUGUGAAGGACAAGCUGGGCCAGGUGAAGCCCCACAGCCCAGAGCUCCUGAACCGGAGUGAGUGCUUUGCAGAGAUUGUCCUGGAAUACGAGCGGCAGUGCCAGGUGCUGUGGGACCAGAAUGGAGUGCUACAAAGGGAGCUGGAAAGGCUGCGUCUCCAGCUACGGGAGAGCAGGGCUGAGAGAGGGCCGCCAGCAGGAGGCCUGUCCUCACAGGGUUUCUCUCUGUCAGUGUGCCGCUCUCCCAGCCCUCUGGUUUCCACUUCUCCGUGCACAGAGACAUCACUCUCAAUGGAGCAGCUCCAAGAGCAGCUGCGGGACCUGAAGGUGCAGCUGGAAACCAAGGUGAGAGGUGUGGGAGGAGAUGUCCUGACCUCUUGGCACAACUGCUUGAUAAACUAUUACGAGGAGGAAAUCGGGUUAAUGAGGAAAAACUUUGAGAGAGAGAGGAAGGACAGUGAGGAAAGCUUCAAGGCUGAGAUGCGCAAGAUGGAAGACCAGAAAAGAGACCUGGAAGAAACAGUUGCAAAGUACUGGGCUGUAACUGAUAGCCUGAAAGAGCAAAAAUGUGUGUGGAGCCUGGAGCUGGAGGAGAGGUUUGAGGUGGAGCAGGCCAGGGUGGGACAACAGCACACCAAAGACAUUUACCAUCCAGGGCAGCAGCUGGACCGGGAGGGAGAAGAGCUGAGGACGCAGCGCAGGGACAGAGAGAGACUGAGCUGUAUGUGGGUGUUGGAGAUGCCACAAGAAGCACAGCAUGUGAAUCCUGAUGUAAAACUGACUCAGAAAGCAGCUGCUGUGAGGAGCGUCCCGUCAAGCAGGGGGAGCAAAUGCCACACAGCCCAUGCACUAGUCGUCUUGCUUGCUUGCUUGGGGAAGAGAGGAAGAACUUCCCCACUCAGCUACUCUGCCUCCCACAUGGGAGAGCUCUGCCAGUUGCGGGAGGAGAACAGCUUGCUGAAAAGUCAACUUGGGAGACUCCAGGAAGAGCUGAGGCUAGCAAAGGAGAGGGGCAGCAGCCAUGAUGUGAAAAACGUGAGCAAGUUGGGCAGAGAGAAGGUGGAGGAGCUGGCUGAAAUAGCAGAGUUAACAGCAUCGAGUGAGAAGAGCAAGGGGGAUGUCUCCCACCUGAAUGUCAAGAUGCAUCACCUGGGCUGUGAACUCACUGAGCACAAGGCCAGUCAUGGUGCUGGCCCUGGCACUGUCCAGCUGCAGAGCCAGAGGCUUGCGGAAGCUGAGCGGCUACGAGGAGCAGAGAUGGCCGCAAGGCUGGAGCACCACCAGCAACAUGCAGCGUGUUGGAUGGAGACGGAGCUGCUCCAACAGCAGCUCAGGGCCUCACAGGAGAAGCUCUUAGAAGCCAAAGCAAACCUGAGCCUGGCCCAGACUCGGCAUGCUCUGCAGUUGCAGCAGGCCAAGGCCCAGAUGAACAAUGUGGUGCCAAAGAAACAGUUUGAGCAGCUGCAAACCAGCUUGAGAGAGGAACAGUGCAAGGCUCAGCAGCUCCAGGAAAACCUCCACCAGCAGGCUGAGCAGACAUGCAGGCAGCUGGUCAGGAUCCAGGAAGAACACGAGCGUCUGCUGCAGGCAGCCAUGGAGCAGGCAGAGGGGCUGGAACACAAUCUGAGAAGUGCGGAAGCUGUGCUGGCAGAGAGGGCGGCUCAACUCAAAGAUGCCCAGGCCCAAAUCUCCAGGAACAAACUGCUGAUUGAAGACCUCCGUGAGGAGAACAGGGGGGUUGCAAUGGCCCUACAGGUGGCUGAGCUGAAGCAGAAGAGCACUGAGGAGAAGAACCAGCUGUUGGAGGAGCAAACCUCAGCUCUGAAGCAGCUUAUCGGAAAAAUCACGCCAGCAUCUCUGAGUGGGUGAUGGGGCACCCGGUGUGGUAGCCCUGCCCCUGGUCCUGGCUGGGGUUUGUCAGAUGCAGAAGGGGAGGUGUGGCUGGGUUGGGAAAUCAGCCUUGUCCUCCCUGGUCUUGCCAGGAUUUUCCUGGGUAGAAAGUAGAAAAUGGAGAAACCAGACAGUCCUUUAAGGAAAUUGGUCCUGUGGUGGCUGAAUUUUCCUGCUGAACACACCAGCUUUGGUGCCUUUCUCGGUGGCUGAGUAUGCUGUUGCAAGUCAGGUCUGUCUCAGGGUAGCCAUCCCACAGGAGCUGCCUGCACUCUGGCAGCAUGUUUGCUGGUGGUGUGGAUGCUCCCUCUCUGUGGAGGGUUGCUGUUGGGGCCACGCUGUCACAGCUGGAAAGCCAGGGCAGGAGGGCUUGCAGGUUCCUGCACCUGGCUCACUCUAAGCAGGAAAGCUGUGUUGUGGCAUUAAAAUGUUUGCAGUAUUACAGCACCUCCUGCCAUCUCCAGUCUGCUCUGUAUUUCAGUAGCUUCCCCCAACUGUUGCUGAACUUUUAUUCCCUACAGCUCCUCUUGGGCUCUAGGAGAUUCUAGCCCUCCUAAGGCCUGAGCCUAGGAUCCAAACCAACAUCCUGCUGGACUGUUGCCUCUGUGCUGAGCAGGACAGAGGGGCUGGGGGAAGAACCCUUUCAGUUUGAGCCUCCAAGGCUUGGGGCAGGGUUGGUGACCCCUACUCAGCACUGCACUUCUUCAAAGAUGUGGUAAGUGAACUGUGUCAUCUUGCCUUCCUUGACAGCUUGCCAUCUUGUUGGCCUUCACACACUGGCAGUGAGUACUGCUCUUGCCAAAAUAAGUUGUCUAAAAGGCCACAAAGCCAGGCAUUCACAUCAGCAAAUACCAAAUUUAUUGAUCUGCCCAGGGUGUUACCCUCUGCAUGGAGGAUGCAUCAUUGUCACGGUGCCCCUGCCUUGCUCUGUGCAGAGCAGAGCGUAUUUACAUGGGGGCUGUGGUUGCCACUAGCUGUGAAAGGACUUCUAGAAUUUUGGAGGCUAUGGAGACUACUGUACAAGAGAGACUAGACAAGUCUGACUGGAUCAGGGUAGCAAAGCAGAGGCUGGACAAAGUCAAUACAAAGAAGGGGGCUUAAAAGUAGCUCAAGCUGUUGUUGGUUCAAGAACAAAAGGGAAUAAAUUGGCUGUGAGCUGAAACUCAGCCGCUGCCUUUAAGUCCCAGCCUGCCAGGGUAGAGGGGUUCCCCUGCCCUGGGACAGUGCCCGGAGAUGGCUGGAGGCUGUGACUGAGGCGGCCACCUUGGUCUAGGUGUGCUUUUUCUGCCCAGGUGGAUGACAGCUGAGACUCCUCUUUCUUUGCCUUGGGGGCAGCCCUGAUUACAAGGGCCGUGAGGGAAGCUGGGCUAUUACAAGGAGGGAAGCACCACAGAGGGUGCAGGCUAGCUCAGGGUGGUUCCUUGGCUGGGGCUGGGAGAGCAGUGCAGUAACACCCCAGGCAUUUAUCCUGUUCCUGUAUUCUUCCCUAAGUAUUUGCUUUUUGGUUCCUGUCAGAUGUGGGCUAGGCAAACCUCUAGUCUUACCUAGGGCUUAUGUUUUAGAAGUGUUACCUCUCAGCUGCUACUUGAGUGAGCAGCUCCAUUAGGAAGACCAGACAGGGAGAGCAGCUCUUCAGCCUUGCUCUGGUUUUAUGCUAACUGGAAUCUUUAAAACCCUCUGCUCCCUUUCCUGUCCCUGGGACCUGCCAGACCAGUGCUCUGGUGACGGAGACUCUUCCUAGAGGGACAGAGGCACAGCCCAAGCAUGCUGGGAUAAACCUUGGCCAGACCCAUGACCCAGACUGCAGUGCUCAUUCACUCAGCACCUUAAGGAACAACAUUUAUAGGCUUCUGAUGGGAGACAAAGCUUCAUGUCUAAUCCUAGAAAGAAGCUUGUGCAGCCUCCUCUGACACUUGGAGAAGUAGCUCCACUGAGACACCUAAAUAACCAGUUGAGCAUCACCCUGCAGGGUCAAGGUGGGUUGGGCCAGAGAGCCAGGUCAGAGUGUUUAACAAACACAGCAUUACCUCUUGAAAAACACUAAAUUGAAGGCCGAAGCAGUUCUUUAUUUUGCAACCGUGGAGCUCUCUUGGCUUCCAGAGCUUAGCCAGUUGCUGUCUUACUCCCACAUGCCCAGUGUGAACAAAGAACUGCUCCAAACACAAAUAACCUGCUUGUAGCUGUGGAGCUUGGAUAACAC